AUGGGAAUGUCCUUCGAGCCAACGCAUGACCAUAUCAUGCAGUGCCACAUGCAUCAACUACGCACCUGGGGUAUGCCGACUUCCAUUCCAGCAUCAGCGCCUAUGGGCUCUCUGGGCUCAUUGUCCUGCGGCAACCCGAUGACCAGCAUUCGCGGACAAGUCGGCUACUAUUCAUACGACCAGUCUCACGCGGACUACUACAACCAUCAACCACCAGAGUUCAACGCAGCAUACAGCAUGAAUCGAGCACACACCUUUCACGGAGUUGCUGAUUUCCAUCAAAGCUAUCGAAGGACCAUCACUCCCGUAAGCACAGCGUUGGACGACCUAAACACCUUCGAUGACUACGAAGCCGCAUCUUGCUACUCUGAAGCACCUUCCAGCUUCAUUUCUUCCGAGCCAACAGAGCCUAGCAUCUACGACAGUGCCUACUCGGUGACCUCGCGACAAACCCCGUCCGUCACCUCUCAGCCAGCGCCACCAUCGCAGUCACACCUUGUCUCUGAGGUAGAUAGUCUCAUGCGAACUAUUGAGCCUGUCACAAGUCCCUCUACCGUCUCACCUGAGACCCCUGGGCAUACCGAGGCAACUGUGAUCAAGCCGAAGAAGCAUAUUUGCCCCUACCCAGACUGCAGCAAAUCCUUCUCCCAACCCACCCAUCUCAAAAUCCACCUUCGAUCUCACACAGGAGAGAAGCCGUACACAUGUUCGGUGUCCACGUGUCGACAGACUUUCUCACAGCUGGGGAACCUUCGCACCCAUGAACGACGCCACAUUGGCCAACGUCCUAACCGGAAGCGGUCGUGCUCCGAUCCUGGGCAACGAGGCAAGCGCUACGAAUGCAUCCUAGACAGCUGCAGAAUCCAAUCUACGAAUGAUCGAAGCGGUAAGCCGACGCAAUCUGGGAAGGUCUUCACGCAGCUUGGAAACCUCAAGGCGCACAUGAACAAGUUCCACAAGGACACUCUACUCAGGCUAUCGGACCAGUUCGCUACACAAACCCAGGAAGAUCGCGAACUAAAGGAGUACUUUACCUCCUUGUUCAAGAACAGCAACAAGGGUAUUAAGGGACGCGGAAAGGGUAGGAAGGUCGAGGUCAUUCACGGUAUUGACCAGCCGAGCUACAACGGCGGCACUUUGUCAAGGUAG